AUGCCAAAGGGUUUCCUUAUAAAACGUUCUAAAAAGGCUGGUCCUGUUUCAUACAGGAUACGCGAGGAGGACUUGGCGCUGGACGCCAACUGUUCUUCAUUGGUCGAGAAUGCCCCGGCUCAUGCACUGCCUUCCGUGUGCCACAACUUUAUCAGAGUUCCCAGCCGGGGUAUUUUCGGUGGAAUUCCAGAGUCUCACUGUGCGCCUUCACUGAGCCCGACCCGGCCUGACAGCGAGGGAUAUCAAUACACACCCGUGGACAUCGCUCAUCAAAUGCUAAGCUCUCUUUCUCCUGCUCCAGCAGAUACCUUCCCCGAGGCAAAUUUGGGAAGCUUCACCAUUGAUGGUUCCCCAGUGUCGUCGUCUCUUCAGGAGAUGACCACCAGACUGGACACCAUGUGCGGGAAUGCUAAAUAUGCAGCAGUGAAGCGGCCUGCCUCCUCCAACGCUAAAUAUCCCCAUACUAAUUCUAAAAAUCUUAAGUCCUCAAGCUCCCAAAACCAAGAGAAGAAGUCCAGCCUCCGGGAUGAGGUAACCACAUCUCCCGUCCUCGGACUGCGCAUUACAGAGGAGGCAAAGGAUGAGGUGAAGCAGCGCUCCAACACCGGCAGUCCGCUUGGAGAAUUCAUCUGUCAGCUUUGCAAUGAGCGGUAUGCAGACCCUCUCACUUUGGCCUUCCACAAGUGCUCUCGCAUCGUCCGAGUCGAAUAUCGCUGCGACGAAUGUGACAAAGUUUUUAGUUGUCCCGCUAACCUGGCCUCCCACCGACGUUGGCACAAGCCAAAGGGUUUUCAAGUGGAGAGAGUCUCAUCACAGAGAGAGGAGAGCCGACCUGACACACCAACAGCCAGAGAGGCGCUACCACCCUCCCCGCCACCCUCAGACUCGGGCUCUGAUGAAGAAAUGAUGUUCAGCUGCCCACAGUGCUCAAAGAAAUUCAGAAAACAAGCGUACCUAAGGAAACACUUGGCCUUGCACAAUAGGAAAGCAGCUAGUCAUCCUCAGAAUCAGUCUCAUUCGGCCAAAGUCUCCGACCAACAACCCAGCAACCUGCUCGAGUCCGGCCCAGAAACACCCGAGCCCUCCUCCAAAUACGCAGGGACUGAGUGCAUCACAAAGGUUACAGGAGAGGUGUUUCCGUGUCGAUUUUGUAGUGAAAGUGUAUUCUCCUCCUCUGGCCUCACCAGACACAUAAACAAAUAUCACCCAACGGAGAGCAGACAGGUCAUCGUUUUGUCUCAAACGAUUUAAUAAACUCAGACUGUUUGCUUCGGCAUUAUGACUGAAUUCCAUGUUUGGACAGAGUUCUUGUAAACAAUUGUUGUGAAAUCAGAAAUGUUUCUCCUGAAUAGUAGGCUAUAGUUUUGUG